AUGGACUUCAACACUACUCCAAGGGAAAGAAACGCUCCCAAAACUCGUUAUUCUAAAACAAACAAUUUCAGAAGAAACCAAAAUAGACAAACCAACAAAAAUAAAGAUUUGAAAACCACUUGGAAACCUAAUUUCACUGAUCCUAAAAAACAAGAUGAUGAUGAUUUGGAUGAAUCUGAUAUAUGUAUCAUUUGUGCUAAUAAAAUUGAAUGUGCUGCUUUAUCUGCCUGUAACCAUAUAACCUGUCAUGUUUGCACCCUUCGUCAAAGAGCAUUGUACAAGAAAAAAGCCUGUAUUGUCUGUAGAACUGAAAACGAAUUUGUGAUAUUUUGCGAUGAACUAGAUAAAGAUAUUGAUGACUUUAGUAACACUGAGCCAGUUUAUAAAGAUGAUACUUUGGGAAUAAAUUUUUACUCAUUAAAUGCUUACAACAAAACAAUUGAGCUACUAAAACAUAGGUGUCCAGUCAAGGACUGUGCAAAAGAAUACAAUACAAUCUAUGGAUUGAACGAUCAUACCAAAAAUGACCAUGAAAAAUUUUAUUGUUUGAUAUGUGCAAAAUAUAAACAUGCUUUUACUUCUGAAUUAAAAUUGUACACGUAUAAUCAGCUAAGAAAACAUAAAAAAUUUGGAGAUGAACAAGGUUUUACUGGACAUCCCACUUGUCAAUUUUGUGUCAAAUUCAAUUUUUAUUCUGAAGAUGAGUUAAAUGUUCAUUUAAGAGAAAAACACGAAAAAUGCCAACUUUGUGAACAGAUUGGAAUCACAAAACCUCAAUAUUUCUUAAAUUACAAUACUUUAUAUCAACAUUUUUCAAAAGAUCACUAUGUUUGCACUGUUCCAAAAUGUAUUGAAGAUAAGUUUAUCGCAUUUAGUAACGAUAUUGACUUGAAAGCGCACAUAAUAAAAGACCAUCCUGAGUUAUCUGGUGGAUCAAAAAGCUUGCAAUUAUUCAAUUCAGGAUACGAUAAUCUGGGUGGAACAAGACGAUACCAGUCUCAACUUUCAACUUUUCAAAUACCUUUUCAAUCUAAUUCUAAUAACAACAACAACAAUAAUAAUAACAAUAGUAAUAAUAACAAUAACAAUCAUAAUAAUAAUAAUAACAAAAACAACAACAUCAAUAGAAAUGAUAGAAUUAGUGAAGAUCCUGAAAUAAAAAAAAUGCGUUUUGAAGAAAGGGCAAGGCACUAUUUACAAUAUUCAUCUGAUGAUUUUGAAUCAUUUCAGCAAAUUAAUAAAAAUUAUCGAGACAAAAAAAUCACAUCGGAUCAGUUUUUAGAUCGGUAUGUUGAAUUAUUUAAAAGUGUAAAUUCUUCAGAUAUUGAUCUUUUAGUUCAGGAAUUUACUGAUUUAAUGGGCAAAAAAUCAUCCUUGUCAAAAUCUUUAUUAGAAACAGCAAAAAAUAGCAUUACAGCAAGGAAAAAUGAAUUGGAUUUUCCUGAACUUUCAGGCUCCAAAUCUGGUUCUUCUGUUUCAAUUAGUACCAAAAUGCCAGUUAAAAAGCCAACCCAGACAUACUCAUCUCAUUUCAAUGAACAGAAUUUUCCUUCUUUGUCGGAUUUUGCGAGAUCUAGAAACUCUUCAACUAAGUUAAAUAAUUCUGCAACAAAUUUAAAGUUAAAUUCUAAUUCAAAUCUGAAUUGGGUUACAUUAAAGGCCUCAAAGAAAAAAUCGUUAUCCUCAACAGAUUUUCCAUCGCUAAAGCAAAAGGCUCUUUCGAGUAAUUCUUCGUUAUCUAUCGACUCUUUAAGCUCGCUGUCUUCAUCGAAAAGGGUUUUAAAUUGGGGGGAAAGUCAAGAACCUACUCUGAAUAAAACUUCAAUAAAAAAGAAUGAUUCUUUAGAAAAUUUUCCAUCUUUGUCUAAGCCGUCUGGAAAACUUCCUGUAAUUGAAAGAAAUGUUCGUUAUAGUAAUGUUAAAAUAAAAAAAACAGAAAAAACUCCAAAACCAAGUUAUGCUGCUUCGUCAUCUGGUGCUGGUGUACGAAUAAUAAAGCCGAAGACAUCUACCGGACUAGUGGUUACAAAUAAUAAAACUUCUUUGAAGGAAGAAGAAUUUCCUUCACUACCUACAAAAGUUCAAAGGUUUCCCUCAGCUGUACCACCAGUCGAAACAGACCCUAAAGGCUGGGGGAAACAAAAAACUGAAAAUGAUUCCAAGAAUGAAAUCAAUGGGAUUCCAAUUAUCCAUACCUCUACUAAAAAAGGGAAAAAGAAUAAGAAAAAGAUCUUAUUUCAUGUCGGUAUAUAA